UUUUUAGGGUGGAUCAAAUGCCGAGCUCCGCAGUGCCCCGUGGUUCUGGGGGGAGCAGGGUGCUCGCGUGGUUUGCGAUGCUGCUUGGUGCUUCCCUGCGAGCAAAGAGCAAAAAAACUGGGUGGGUGAAAACCCAUCGAGAGGCCGGAGGGAGCUGAGAGCUCCCGGAGCAGAGCAGCAGCAGGUCCUUUCAGUCUGUGUCCCCUCUCCGCAGCGCUGUGAGGUCAGCGAUGGCGCUGCCUUGACACCAACCCCGCAGCAGCCGAUUUCAUCCGGAGGGUGUUUGGGCUGGAUUCGCCCCCGGAGCCGUUCAGGCUGCUCCUGACCCUCAAUUUCUCCCACAGGUAUCAGACAAGGUUUUGUUCUGUGGUACCAGAGUUGUCGGCUCUGCCUAGCAGGAAAGAUGUCAGACGGUUUCUCUUUAUCCGAUGCCUUGUCCACUGGUAACAACCCGAACCCCUCUGCCCCCCCCCCGCAAGGCUGGCCCUCCUGGGGGAACCAGCCAGGUCCUGGGGGGUUCCCGGUGUACCCCGGCCCUCCCGGGACCUAUCCUGGCUCACCGGCAGCACCGGGGACCUAUCCUGGAGCACCGGCAGCAUAUCCUGGGGCACCCGGAGUGUAUCCCGGAGCACCGGGAGCGUAUCCAGGAGCACCAGGAGCGUAUCCAGGAGCACCAGCAGGACAGGGAGCGUAUCCCGGAGCACCUGGAGCAUUCCCUGGAGCACCAGCAGGACCAGGGCCCUAUUCUGCACCAGGACAACCACCCAGUGGCCCUGGAUUUGGGCCCUCUCCUCCGCAGGGGGGACCAGCUCCUCCGCUGAAAGUGCCCUUCGAGCUGCCCCUGCAGACAGGACUCGUCCCUCGGAUGCUCAUAACCAUCACGGGGACCGUCAACCCCAACCCCAACAGGUUUUCACUGGAUUUCAAGAAAGGGAACGACAUCGCCUUCCACUUUAAUCCCCGCUUUAAGGAAGACAACAGGAAAGUCAUCGUCUGCAAUUCAAUGUUGCAGAAUAACUGGGGAAAGGAGGACAGGACAGCUCCUAGGUUUCCAUUUGAAGCUGGAAAACCCUUCAAGCUCCAGAUCCUUUGCGAGGUGGAUCAUUUCAAGGUGGCAGUGGACGACGCUCACUUGCUGCAGUACAGCUUCCGUGAGAAGAGGCUGAACGAGAUCACCAAACUCUGCAUUGCUGGGGACAUCACCCUCACCAGCGUCACACCCACCAUGAUAUAAUGACAGUGGUGUCUUUUUAAUACAAACUUAAUGCUCGGGAUAUGGCUGUAAAAAAAAAGUGCCUUCUUACAUGAGUACUUCGAGGUAAUAAAACAUGCUUUCACAAGUAAAACU